AUGUCCGGCCCCAGGAUUGACGUACCCCGGCGACUCCGGCGCGCCAUCCUACUCAACGACCUCGCGCUUGUCCAACGCAUAAUCCGCAACAACCACAAGUACCUUCGUAACCCCGACUUCGACGACCGUUCCAACACGUCGCUGCACCUCGCCGCACAGCAUGGCUUCACAACCAUCGCUGAAUACCUCGUCGACGCGGGCCACGAAGACGGAAUGAUAAGCCGUAACAACGACUGGGAAACACCCCUGAUGCUCGCUGCCUCUGCCGGGAAAGAAGAAUGCGGCGUCUACCUCGCCAAACGCUUUCCCGAAGCCGUAGACUGGAAGAACAAAGCCGGUCUCGACGCGUUGAUGCUGGCGUGUAAAUCUGGUUCGGGGACGCUACACCUCAUCCCCACGUUGAUUCUCCACGGACCCAGUAUACUCUCCGCGAGCGACGCGCAGGGGAACACAGCGCUGCAUCAUGCUUCUGCGGCAGGGGAGCUCAAGGCACUUAGGAUGUUACUACAGUAUGGAGCAAAUCCGCUGGCGAGUAAUUGUUAUAGUUGGACACCAGUCCAUUACUCGGCCACAACGGCUGCGGAGGCGUAUUUCAAGACUCUCAUCAUCGAGUUUGAGAAGAAGAAGGCGGAAGGGAAACGCGCGGUCAAGGAGAGAGAACGGCAGCGUACUGCGGGUGUUAGGCUGGUUACUGAUACCGAGGGUUUAGGAAGCGCGAAUACAACCACGCAAGAGGGCAGGGCUUCUGUCGAAAGCACUAGACAGAGGGUAAGGGAUGAUGCGGCGAUUGCUGGGUUGCCGGCACCCGGUAUGAUGGAUUGGAGUCCUGUAGAGAAGAGGAGGGCUAUGACGCCUACGGAGGGGAGGGGGUGGACAUUUACACCUGAUGGGAUGAGGCCGAGGGCCGAGACGGGCGAGUCUAUAUAA